AUGGCGGGCCAUACGCGGAAGAACAACAUGUUCGUCUGCCCUGGGCCUGCUGAGCGUAAAUCACACCUUCUUUCAACCCCAGACACACCCCCACCUACAUAUGAGUUCCACGGCUUCCAGGUUCCACCUGGCGACCGCUGGCACUGGCGAAACCCUAAUUGGGUCUCGCCACCCCACGAAAGACGAUAUGAGAAGGCUCACCGCGACGUGUCUCUCACACCUACAGAACCUCUGUCCGAUGAUGGGUCAGGAAAGGAAAACAUUUCGCCCUCAACUAUGGAGCAUUCUCCUAGUCCUGACUAUCCAGAUGACGACUGGGCCGAUGGCUCAGAUCCUUUGUACUACUAUCCCAACUUUUCUAUCAAGGAGGAAUCCCCCGAGCCGCAGGUUGACACCUACACAUCGGACUGCUCUCACUCGCCGCCUCCCCGCCAAUGGUCCUCGUUCUCGCAGUCACCUAUCACCGACGUAAGCCUUAACACGGCCCUCCGUGCAGGCACGCCACUGUACAGCGUGUACCGCGUCCCACGUCAAGACAUUCCAAAAGUGAAACGCACUGCACAACGCGAGGGGAAACUUUUCAGUGUGAUGGAAGCCCCCCCUGCACACCUCGCCAAGAUCCCGCGUGAGAAAUCGCAAGAGACGGUGUGGGUCAUUCUCAGCGAUCGUGAGGAAGACCUCAAGUACGCGGUACAUUCCCAACGCAUGCCGGGUGCCUUCGCCCAAGGCAUGACAGCAGACUUCAGCGACUCAGAACCUAACGCAGUAGCUCCAGUCAUGCAGCACGUACCGUUCUGCAAUACUAUAGAUCAGCCCGUGAUGCGCAACGCGACCUUUGACCAGUCGAUGUACAGCAUUCCUAGUGGGCUGGCGGGUCAAGAGACCUUGCGAUCAGCUGGUUAUGGGUUUCUUCAGAUGGCAUUUGCUGGGAUUAUCGGUGGCCUUGUCGUCACCUACGGACGGGCCCUCUUGUAG